AUGUUUCUAUGUUUCUACAUAGACAUCGUUCAUUCUAGAGUUUAUGGGGAAGAAAAUGCUGGCCUUAUAAAUGGUAAAAGUUCACUUAUAUCAUUCAUGUCAGGCAUUGUUUCUGAUCCUGAAAACGCUCUAGAGAGUUGGAAGUCAACGGGUGUUUAUGUUUGUGAUUGGUCAGGUGUGAGAUGCAACAAUGCAAGUGACAGGAUCAUAGAGCUUGAUCUCAGUGGAAAGUCACUGGGAGGCACCAUUUCCCCUGCUCUUGCUAACCUCUCUUCCUUACAAAUUCUUGAUCUUUCUGGGAAUUUUUUUGUGGGUCACAUUCCAAAAGAACUAGGAUAUUUAGUUCAGCUUGGACAACUAAGUUUGUCUGGGAAUUUUCUUGAAGGGAACAUUCCCUCCGAGUUUGGUUCACUUCAGAACUUGUACUACCUUGACAUGGGAAGCAAUCAGCUUAAGGGAGAGAUUCCCCCAUCACUUUUCUGCAAUGUGACAUCAUUGAGUUACAUAGACCUUUCAAACAAUUCCUUAGGGGGACAAAUCCCCUUGAACAAUGAGUGCAUCCUUAAAGAGCUUAGGUUCCUCUUACUUUGGUCUAACCAGCUUGUAGGCCAAGUUCCUUUAGCUCUUUCAAACUCCACCAAACUUAAAUGGCUUGAUUUGGAGUCAAAUAUGUUGAGUGGAACGCUGCCAUCUGAGAUUGUACAUAAUUGGCCACAAUUACAAUUCCUUUAUUUUUCAUAUAAUGACUUUGUUAGCCAUGAUGACAACACCAACCUUGAACCAUUCUUUGCUUCCUUAAUGAAUUUAUCUAACCUUCAAGUACUCGAAUUGGCGGGAAACAAUCUUGGAGGGAAACUGCCUCAUAUUAUUGGCAAUCUUCCUACUAGCUUGCAACAACUUCACCUAGAAGAAAAUCUCAUAUAUGGCUCUAUACCCCAGCACAUUUCCAACCUUGUCAACCUAACAUUCUUGAAGUUGUCCAGUAACUUAAUAAAUGGAUCAAUCCCUCCCGGCCUAUGCCAGAUGGGUAGGCUAGAGAGAAUUUAUUUGUCAAAUAAUUCACUACAUGGUGAGAUUCCUUCGACCCUUGGUGACAUCCAGCAUCUUGGUCUUCUAGAUUUGUCAAGAAACAAGCUUUCUGGUUCAAUACCAGAUAGUUUUGCAAACCUUCCGCAGUUAAGAAGGCUUUUACUUUACGACAACCAGCUUUCUGGAACAAUCCCACCUAGUCUUGGAAAAUGUGUCAAUUUGGAGAUUUUAGAUUUAUCUCACAACAAGAUCACAGGGAUGAUUCCUGCAGAAGUUGCAGCCUUGACUAGCUUGAAACUUUACCUGAAUUUAUCAAGCAAUGACUUACAUGGGCCUUUACCAUUUGAACUCAGCAAAAUGGACAUGGUGCUAGCUAUUGAUGUAUCCAAGAACAAUCUCUCUGGCAGAAUCCCGCCACAACUUGAAAGUUGCAUUGCACUGGAGUACCUCAACCUUUCUGGUAACUCCUUAGAAGGCCCUCUCCCUGAUUCAUUAGGCCAAUUGCUCUAUAUUCAAGCACUUGAUGUGUCUUCAAAUCAAUUGACAGGGAUAAUACCAGGUUCCCUUCAGUUGUCUUCCUCUCUCAAGAAACUCAAUUUCUCUUUCAACAAAUUCUCAGGGAAUGUCUCAAACAAGGGAGCAUUUUCGUCUUUUACCAUAGACUCUUUCCUUGGAAACGAUGGUCUUUGUGGCCCAAUAAAAGGCAUGCAACGCUGUCAUAAUAAGAAACUCAGUUAUCAUUUGGUGUUCCUGUUAUUACCUGUGUUACUAUUUGGCACCCCUUUGCUGUGCAUGGUUAAAUACUCCAUGGUGAGGAAGCGAUUGGCAAUUGUUAGCAGCAGAAGUGACUUGGAAGAUGAAGAAGAAGAGGAAACAAAAGAGCUCAAGUUCCCAAGAAUUUCAUAUACACAACUUAGAGAAGCCACUGGAGGCUUCAGUGCUUCAAGCCUAAUUGGUUCAGGACGGUUUGGAAGAGUGUACAAAGGAGUCUUGUUAGAUAAUACAAGAGUAGCAGUGAAGGUACUAGAUACAACAGCUAGUGAGAUUUCAAGGAGCUUUAGAAGGGAAUGUCAAAUCUUGAAGAAGAUCAGGCACAGAAAUUUAAUAAGGAUCAUCACAAUUUGCAGUAAGCCAGAAUUUAAGGCUCUUGUUCUUCCACUGAUGUCAAAUGGUAGCCUUGAGAGGCACCUUUAUCCAAGCGAUGAGUUAAGCCAGAGGUUGGAUAUGGUUCAAUUAGUGAAGAUUUGCAGUGAUGUAGCUGAGGGAAUGUCCUAUCUGCACCAUUUCUCUCCGUUCAAAGUAGUACACUGUGAUCUUAAGCCGAGCAAUAUACUCCUUGAUGAUGAUCUCACAGCUUUGGUUACUGAUUUUGGAAUUGCAAGGCUUCUAAAAAGUGAUGAGAGUACUUCCAUCAGUGACACAGCAUCUUUCAGUUCAACAAAUGGCUUCUUGUGUGGCUCCCUUGGCUAUAUAGCUCCUGAAUAUGGAAUGGGAAAACAUGCUUCAACUGAGGGUGAUGUUUACAGUUUUGGAGUACUUGUGUUAGAAAUAGUGACAGGUAGACGCCCCACAGAUGUUCUCAUCCAUGAAGGCUCUAGCUUGCAUGAGUGGGUUAAGAGACAAUACUCAAACUCACACAAGCUUGAAAACAUUGUUGAACAAGCACUGCAAAGGUUUUCUCCUUCUGGGGUGCCAAGCCAUCAUAACAAAAUUUUGCAAGAUGUUAUAUUGGAACUCGUUGAGCUGGGGCUACUCUGCACACAGCACAAUCCUUCAACAAGACCAAGCAUGUUGGAUGUAGCCCAAGAAAUGGGGAUGUUGAAGGACUACCUCACUAAUUCAACCUUUCUUCUCAUUGAAGAUGAUUCCAAGAUUAAUUCUUUCUGCAGUGAAGAUAAUUUAGUUGAAAAGUAA